UGGCCCGAGUAACCCCUCGGGUGAGACAAUGAGCUAGCUACCAUAGGUACCUACCUAAGGUCCUACCUUACCUACCUUACCUUAGCUCUCAGCUUGAAAUCUUGACUUCUCCGAUUCCUGACCUACUUUUUGUUACUUUUCUUCUCCUCUCCACAUUCUAUCUGCAACCAUACGUUCUGGUGAUAACAUCAAACUGUACCACUUUACUUGCUAUCUACCUAUUUUUGAUAGCUCCGCACUCCCAAAACAGACCUCAACCCAACCAUGAGCCUUAGGACAACGUCGAGGGCGUUGGGGGCCUUCCGGCCUCUUGCUACCCGCUCGGCAUGCACUUCCAACUUGCGAUCUACCAGAAACUACUCGGCUAGCUCGGAGCCAGACCUGAAGACCACAUUGAAGAGUGUGAUUCCGGCCAAGCGCGAGCUCCUCAAGAAGGUCAAGGCCCAUGGUUCCAAGGUCAUCGGCGAAGUCAAGGUCGAGAACACCAUUGGAGGCAUGCGUGGUCUCAAGGCCAUGGUAUGGGAGGGAUCUGUUCUUGACGCCGAUGAGGGUAUCCGUUUCCACGGCCGCACAAUCAAGGACUGCCAGCGUGAGCUUCCCAAGGGCAAGACAGGCACUGAAAUGUUGCCCGAGGCUAUGUUCUGGCUGCUUCUCACUGGUCAGGUGCCCAGCACCAACCAGGUCCGCGUUCUGUCUCGUCAACUUGCUGAGCAGGCCCAACUGCCGGCAUUCGUCAACAAGAUGUUAGAUGACUUUCCCCGCGACCUGCAUCCCAUGACGCAGUUUGCCAUUGCAGUUUCCGCCCUCAACCACACAUCCAAAUUUGCCAAGGCGUAUGCCGAGGGCCUGAAUAAGGCCGAUUACUGGGAGCCUACCUUUGACGAUAGCAUUAGCUUGCUGGCCAAGCUGCCCACUAUCGCAGCCAAGAUCUACCAUAACUCGUACAAGGGCGGUGGUGCUCUGCCUGCCGAGGUUGACCUGGGGCAGGACUGGUCAUACAACUUUGCUGCCAUGCUGGGCAAAGGCGGCAAGGAAAACGAGAACUUCCAAGAUCUGCUGAGGUUGUACCUCGCUCUUCAUGGUGACCACGAGGGAGGCAACGUUUCAGCCCACACCACACAUCUUGUGGGCAGCGCUCUUAGCGAUCCUUUCCUCAGUUACAGUGCCGGUCUUCAGGGUCUGGCAGGACCUCUCCAUGGUCUUGCUGCCCAAGAAGUUCUCCGCUGGAUCAUCCAGAUGAAGGAGGCUAUCCCUGCCACAUACUCGGAGAAGGACGUAACCGACUACCUCUGGUCAACGCUUAACUCUGGUCGCGUAGUACCCGGGUAUGGUCACGCUGUGCUCCGCAAGCCUGACCCGCGAUUCCAGGCCCUUAUGGACUACGCUGCGUCGCGUCCCGAGAUCGCCAAGGAUCCCGUAUUCCAGCUCGUCCAGCUCAACAGCCAGGUUGCUCCCGAGGUCCUCAAGAAACACGGCAAGACCAAGAACCCGUACCCCAACGUUGACUCGAGCUCCGGUGUGCUCUUCCACCACUAUGGCUUCCACGAAACACUGUACUACACCGCCACUUUCGGUGUGAGCCGUGGUCUUGGACCACUUGCCCAGCUGAUUUGGGACCGGGCUCUGGGUCUACCAAUCGAGAGGCCCAAGAGCAUCAACUUGGAGGGAAUCCUCAAGCUUGUCGGUGACAAGAGCUAGAGGCUUGAUCAUAAUACUGAUUCAUCAUAGCUUUUCCCGCUUUUCAGGAAAAGCGAUUUUUCUCCUCGUAAAAAGUCAGCUUUGUGUUGAAGAUGUGUCACUUCUAGCGUUCUCCCAUAGACUUGUCAACAAGUUUGUUCCAACAAAUCGUUCUGCUCCAUUGGUACUACUGAUUCCCUUGCGUCCACAACAUACUGCCUCGAACUGCCCCUGACAUUCUUUCUUUGUCGACUUCUAUCACGAGACCCAUCAUGUCGAUUGUUGAGGCGAACAGCGACAUCGGCCUUGAUUUCUUGAGCGAGAUUAAUUUAGGACCGCCCUGCAAAUCAGAACCACGGAUAUUACUGGGUAUAAUGAUAUCUUCCCGGGCAUACCGUAUCACCUUCAUGUUUCUAUUCUUAUCUCUUCUUUGCGUUUAAUUUAGCCGAUAGAGGACCGGCCUGCAUCCAAGGUCACGGGAAACCAGCAUAGGGAAUCGUCUACCCUCGCAUCGCCACCCGCUCGACGGCCGAACAAUCUGGGCAUCUCGCAUGAACGGGCCCAUAGGAUCUCGUGUAAAAACUCUAGAUCCAAACUCA